CUUUAAUCAAAUAAACAUAUUUCUCUAGGCAAACCCUUUCUCUUUCUGCUGUUGUAUUUCCAACUAGGAGCUUUUCACUGACAGUCAGCUUUGUGCUUCUGAAAUGGGAGUCAUUUUACUGUUGCAUAGCUACUAUAACACAUAGAGCUCCCUGCUCUCUCUCUUUGUUUUAGCACAACCAGAUAACAUUAACUUGUCAUCACAUAUAUUUUGAUUGUCUAGAUAGUGUUUGAAAUGUCCACCUUGACAUCGGUCUUAGAAUUAACAUAAGAACGGAUGGGAAAGCGUAAAAAUUGUCGUGUAUAUAUAUAUUUUUUAACGGUGCUGUGAUUGACGACCAGCUGGUUUCGGGGGGAGUGAUCAGAAGUCAUCAUAUAACACCCCAUCUUGCCAAAUGGAUGAUGAUCUGAAACCUCUGGAUUUCAUAAAGGACUUUCAAGAGUACCUGACACAGCAAACGCACCAUGUCAACAUGAUCUCGGGCUCUGUCGGUGGGGAGAUAGAGCCCGACCACCUCCAAGCUGCAUCUCUCCCAGACCGUGAUCAUCUCAAUGGGUCGGUGGAAGUCUCUCUGGACGACGGCUCUGGGCUGCUGGUGGACGGCUUCCAGAGGACCUUCGACGGCAAACUCAAGUGUAGCUACUGCAGCUACGCCAGUAAAGGCACCGCUCGCCUGAUAGAGCACAUCAGAAUUCACACAGGAGAGAAGCCUCACCGCUGCCAGCUGUGCCCCUUCGCCUCUGCCUACGAGCGCCACCUUGAGGCCCACAUGCGCUCCCACACGGGGGAGAAGCCCUACAAGUGUGACCUCUGCUCCUUCUGUUGCAGCGACCGCAGCAACCUGUCCCACCACCGCCGGCGCCGCCACAAGCUUUUACCCAUGAAGGGGGCGGGGCUGCCCGCCUUCCUGUCCAACAAGAAGAUGCUGAACGUCCUACAGAAGAAGAGUGGCAGCUCCCUGGGCCUGGGAGGCUACAGCAGACACCUCCUCAUCAACUUCAGCCCUCCCUCCAUGGUGGUGGGGAAACCAGACUACCUGAACCACGAGGUGUACGAGAGCGAUGUGAAGGACCAUGGGACUGGAGGAGGAGGAGCCAGCAGGGAUGUCAACAGUGACAUGAUGGUGGACAAUAAUCCUCUGAACCAGCUGUCUACGCUGGCAGGCCAGUUGUCCAACCUCCCCCCAGUGGACCAGACCCCUGUGUCUCCUGACAGACUGUCCUGUAACGACAUCAAGCCGUUCCUCAUCCAGCAGGCCUCUGGUGCACCGAUUGCAGUGUCAGUAUCUUUGUCCACCAGUCAAAGUGGUGCCCACCACCACCACUACCACCACCACCACCACCAAACCUCCUCCCCAACCAGCCCCGAGGACCUCCAACCGCCUGCAGGCCAUAGCAGGAACUACAGCCCCAGCCCCGUGGACCCAGAACCCAGCAGUGAGCACAGUGCACACACACGCACCAGCUCAGCUAGCAUUAGUAACAGCCAGCCCAGUACCCCUGCCCUGCUCGGUAGCACACAGCACCCAGACCCACAGAUGCUGCACAGCUGCCAGCACUGCGACACCUACUUCUCUGACAACAUCAUGUAUACCGUUCACAUGGGUUGCCACGGCUACGAGAACCCCUUCCAGUGUAAUGUCUGCGGGUGUAAGUGCAGGGACAAGUAUGACUUCGCUUGCCACUUCGCUCGCGGGCAGCACACGCAGUGACUGACUUUCCACGGUAACCCCGGGGAGAUGAAUUCCAACGAUGUUUGGUCGUCUCACCGAGAACAUGAACUUAUUCCCGUGUUUAUGAUAAUCAGGGAUCAGAGCGAUUCUGAUCUAGAUUUUAUUGUGUCGUUUUUAAAAUUUAUUUUAUGAUAUAACUUAAGAGAGUGAGUGUUACUUUGAAAUGAGGAAUUGAUGUUUCUAUAAAUGGGAACGCAAUCUGGAGGUUGGAGACAUUUAUCACGUGUCCUCCUCGGUGCCGUCUGAGAAUUUAAAGGAAGUCACUUCUUAUUUUUAAAAUGUAACCUUUUAUUUAACGAGGCAAGUUGGUUAAGAACAAAUUCUUAUUUACAAUGACGGCCUACCCCCUCCGGGGCCAAACCUUGACAAGGCUGGGCCAAUUGUGUACUGCCCUAUGGGGAUGUUAUACAGCCUGGAUUUGAACCAGGGACUGUUGUGACGUCUCUUAGCACCUUGAUGCAGUGCCUUAGACCGCUGCGCCACACGAGAGCCCAACUCUGAAUUAGUUACAUAAAUAUUGGUAUUGUUACAUGCGAGUGACUAAAUUUAUAGUUUAAAUGGCGAUUAGCAAGGUAUCUGGUUGCUGAGACUAGAGUUUAAACAGUUUUGGCCUUAUCUUUUAUUUUAUUGAUUUAUUUCACCUUUAUUCAGAUUGAUUCCAUGUGUUCUCUGUUCCACAUUCCGGUUGAUUCCAUGUGUUCUCUGUUCCACAUUCAGAUUGAUUCCAUGUGUUCUCUGUUCCACAUUCCAGUUGAUUCCAUGUGUUCUCUGUUCCACAUUCAGAUUGAUUCCAUGUGUUCUCUGUUCCACAUUCAGAUUGAUUCCAUGUGUUCUCUGUUCCACAUUCAGAUUGAUUCCAUGUGUUCUCUGUUCCACAUUCAGAUUGAUUCCAUGUGUUCUCUGUUCCACAUUCAGAUUGAUUCCAUGUGUUCUCUGUUCCACAUUCAGAUUGAUUCCAUGUGUUCUCUGUUCCACAUUCAGAUUGAUUCCAUGUGUUCUCUGGUCCACAUUCAGAUUGAUUCCAUGUGUUUUCUGUUCCACAUUCAGACAUCCUCUGUUGCUGCCAAUCACAUAAUUUCUUUCCUUCAGCUAGCCUUACUGAUUCAUAUUAACUGGUGCUCUUUAGCUAAUACCUCCUAAAUGAACAAUGAUCUCUAGCUUAAAUACAAUUUGCGUUCCGAGACAAAUCAUUCGGACUUGGAUAAAUCGUACUUCAUCAAAAGGCCAAAGUAUUCUUCUGAACCUGUUUUUAAAAAGUAUUUAAAAGUAUUUCACGUAACAGUUGUAGCAGUGUUGGAAAUGAUUGUGGUCCUUACAGACAGUAACGUAACACCACCCUUUCCUGAGUAUUGAAAUGAUUUGCACAGAU